AUGAUUAAUACGGGUAAAUUGGCUGGAAGGACUCUGUUUAUAACUGGAGCAUCGAGAGGAAUUGGCAAAGCUAUUGCAUUAAAGGCGGCGCGUGAUGGUGCAAAUAUUAUUGUAGCUGCGAAAACCGCAGCGCCACAUCCCAAAUUACCAGGAACGAUUUACAGUGCAGCUGAAGAAAUUGAGAAAGCCGGUGGAAAAGCCCAUCCAUGCAUCGUUGAUGUCAGGGAUGAACACCAAAUUCGUCACGCCGUAGAAAACGCGGUGGCCAAGUUUGGCGGCAUAGAUAUUUUGGUAAAUAAUGCGAGUGCCAUUUCCUUAACACCCACACUGAAUACGGAUAUGAAGAGAUAUGAUUUAAUGCACCAAAUAAAUACACGAGGCACCUUCUUGACAUCGAAGGAAUGCCUUCCAUAUUUGUUGAAAUCUAACCAUGCACAUAUUCUUAAUAUUUCGCCGCCGCUAAAUUUAAAUCCUAAAUGGUUUGCUCCCCACGUUGCCUACACUAUGGCCAAGUAUGGAAUGUCAAUGUGUGUAUUGGGAAUGGCUGAAGAGUUUCGGGAUAAAGGCGUAUCGGUGAAUGCAUUAUGGCCCCGUACAGCUAUACACACGGCCGCAAUUGAAAUGUUAACAGGGCCUGACAGCGCACAAUUGUCUCGCAAACCUGAAAUCAUGUCAGAUGCGGCUUAUGCCAUUUUAAUCAAAGAACCGCGAAAUAAUGAAACUGGCCGCUUUUAUAUUGACGACGAAGUCCUCCAAGCCAACGGCAUUACAGACUUAAAACAAUACGCCUGUAAUCCGGAAAAUGCCGACAAGCUAAUGCCUGAUUUCUUUUUGGAUGCUGCCGAAGAUGUUAAGAAUAAUGCAAUGGAAAAUACAGAAACCACCAAAGAUGCCGGAGCCGACGCUAUUCCUAAUCUUUUUAAUAAAAUUCAAACUCUUUUAUCUCCCGAAAUAGUUGGAAAAGUACAGGCCGUAUACGAGUUUAAUAUAACUGGCGAUGAGAAGGGCACUUGGUUCCUAGAUCUGAAAAACGGAUCGGGUUCAUGUGGCCGUGGCUCUGCCCCCGUCCAACCAGACGCAGUCUUGACAAUGAAAUCGAAGAAUUUCACCGAUAUGUUUGAGGGAAGACUUAAAGCAGCUCCAGCCUUUAUGAGUGGCAAGUUAAAGAUAAGCGGAGACCUACAAAAGGCAAUGAAGUUGGAAAAACUAAUGAAAUCCUUAAAAUCUAGGUUAUAAAAUGAG